CGGUGUUCUUUGCACAAGGUAGUAUAUUGCUGCAUAUACUUUGGCAGGACUAGGGUUAGUUUGACACCUAUGGCACUGGCAGACCUAUUUUCUGCCAUCGUUUAUUUAGCAUAUUUAAGUAGCCUGGAGGCUACUCAAAAUGUAGGCUGUAAUUGAAAACAAUACUGCAUUUUAAAUUGUGCCUCUGCAAGGACAGGCAAGAAAUUGGUCGUCUAGGAAUGUAGUCUAGGAAUUAUCCAUAUUUUCUGUCUCUAUUUGAGGAGUAGCCUAAUUUUGGUGAGAGUCCAUGUUCUCCAUGCCGCUGUCCUUUUUAAAUUAAUACAUCCACUAUUGAGGACGUUUUUAAAAUUAUUAUUAUUAUUAACACUCUCUAAGGACUACAGUGACAGCUUCUCGACGUUGGGAUUUAGGUUUUGUACCUGUAUUCUUGCGCUGAUCUACACAUUUUCGUGCAUGAGGCACCGUUUCCAGGCCUUAUCCUUUGCUUUAAUUAUUUAUUUACGUGUAAACUGCGGUCUUGCUAUCAAAACAUUGAUGGUCGAUAAUCCCCAUCUCUGUUGAGGGCCGAACUAAAACACCUUAAUUUAUUUUCAUCUCAAAUUGGAGUAGGCUGGCACACAGUCAUUAUGGCUCGUCCACGGCCGCGGGAGUACAAGGCAGGAGAUUUGGUUUUUGCGAAGAUGAAGGGAUACCCACACUGGCCAGCGAGGAUUGAUGAACUUCCAGAGGGAGCUGUCAAGCCACCUGCUAAUAAAUAUCCCAUAUUUUUCUUCGGCACACAUGAAACUGCCUUCCUGGGCCCCAGGGAUCUCCUACCAUACAAGGAGUACAAGGACAAGUUUGGCAAGUCCAACAAGAGGAAAGGUUUCAACGAGGGUCUGUGGGAGAUCGAGAACAACGCAGGGGUCAAAUUCACCGGCUAUCAGGCCAUCCAGCAGCAGAGCUUUUCCAAGACGGCGGGAGAAGGAGGAGACGUGGCAGACGGAAGCAGUGAAGGAGAGGAGAGAGAUUCCAUAGAGGAGGUGGAAGAUGACAAAGGCAAACUGAAGGAAGACAGGGCCGGGUUCAAACGGAAAAGGACGGCCUCCUCUAAGUCAUCCAAGCUGUCCAGGAUCUCGUCUGGAGAGGAGGAUCUGGAGGACGGGAAAGAGGAGGAUCAGAAGAGCGGAUCGGAGGGGGGAGACCCCGAUAACGGCAUCAUUCAGAACACUGCCGACAGCAAGAACCAGUUGCUGAGAGAAGAACAUUAGGUGCUGUGGACACCUGCAGAGGGAAGGGAAGGUAUUCAUUGUUGCUGUCACGUGAUAUUGGAAUGGUCCCAUAAUCACCAACUCUAGCACUACCUGUAAUGGGUCAUUCACAUCUAUCUCUAUGUAGAAAAUAACACACAUCUACUACAGUAUAUCACUAAAUCUGUACAACUCUGCUUCAGCCAAUAGACGCCCAGGCUUGACUAGAGCCAAGGUAACUAGCUUCAAAACAACAUACACACACACUUGUGUCCCCGUCUCUUUCAAAAUCAGAACGCCACAUUUCAUAUCUAAACAGUGUAAAAUAAGCAUAAAUCGAUAUUUAUAUUGACCCUUAGCCUCCACUAUCUGAUUAAUCCAUCAAUGAUGUCAUAUAGGUAAACAUGUUAGCUAUGUUUGAUAAAACUUCUAUGAAUAUACAGUAUAAUAUACUCCCUUGUGGUCUAUGAUGAUUGAUAUAUGUUGGGUAUUGCAGUGUUCUGAUCAUUUGCUUUUAUAAAACAUUGGUUUAAGGGGAGGGACUAGCUUAGGGUUGCAAAAUUCCAGUACAUUUUCAAAAUUUUCCAGUUUUCCAGAAAUCCCGGUUGGAAUAAUCCUGCAAUCAGGAGGGAAUAAGCAGGAAAUCCGGUGAUCAUACGACUGGAAUUCAUGGGAAACCUGAGAAUUUGGGGAAAGUUACUGGAAAUUUGAAAUGUGUGUUUAACUGACUGUAUAACAUAUCCAUAUCACUCAGCACUGUAUGUUGCUCUUUUAUGUAACCGCAAAAGAUGAAUGGGAAAAGACAUAGAUAAAUGUACGAAGUGUUGUGCACAAACCGACUCUCUAACUCUCUAUCUAUAUAUUUGACUUUGGUUGUAGAGUAUAGGGCCAGUAUUCUACCUGACUGAUCUAGCUAACUACUCGUUCCGCAUCCCAAAUGGAAUCCUACCACCUACAUACUUUUGUGCACUACGCUGCCUUCAUCUUUCUAUGGGAAGUGAUGAAUCGGUUUUAACCUGUGUCAGUAGAAUGGGUUAUUGUAUAUUUUAUAAGCUUUCUAUAGUGGCAUGCUCAACUGUUGUACACAACUACCUAGUUAUUUUCUUAACGUUUUCAAUUAUACUGAACAAAAAGGUAAACGCAACAUGUAAAAUGUUUCAUGAUGAGCUGAAAUAAAAGAUCCCAGAAAUGUUUCAUACGCACAAAAACAUUAUUUCUCUCAAAUUUGGUGCACAAAUUUGUUUACAUCACUGUUAGCGAGCAUUUCUCCAUUGCCAAGAUUAUCCAUCCACCUGACAGGUGUGGCAUAUCAAGAAGCUGAUUAAAUUAGCAUUACACAGGUGCUCUUGUGCUAGGGACAAUAUAAGUUUUGUCACACAACACAAUGCCACAGAUGUCGCAAGUUUUGAGUGAGCAUGCAAUUGGCAUGCUGACUGCAGGAAUGUCCACCAGAGCUGUUGCCAGAGAAUUGAAUGUUCAUUUCUCUACCAUAUGCCGCCUCCAACGUCAUUUUAGAGAAUUUGACAGUACAUCCAACCAGCCUCACAACCGCAGACCACGUGUAACCACACCAGCCCAGGACCUCCACAUCCAGCUUCUUCACCUGCGGGAUUGUGUGAGACCAGCCACCCAGACAGCUGAUGAAACUGAGGCGUAUUUCUGUCUGUAAAAAAAACGCUUUUAUGGGGAAAAACUCAUUCUGAUUGGCUGCGCCCCUGCCCACUCAUGUGAAAUCAAUAGAUUAGAGCCUAAUGAAUUAAUUUAAAUUGACUGAUUUCCUUAUAUGAACUGUAACUCAGUAAAAUCUUUGAAAAUGUUGCAUGUUGCGUUUAUAUAUUUGUUCAGUAUACCUGCUGUUUUUCCAUUCACAAUUCUUCCACAGUGCGGUGAAUGAGAAAAAAAUGACAUAACACAACCAUGUUUGCAAGCACCUUUAUCAGACGAUAUAUUGGUUUUCAUCCUGAGGCAUUUAUGACAUGUUGGAAACUCAGAAAUACAAGCUUCCGAGUUAAAAAAAAUAACAUUUGAACUGCCCUCCAACUAUUUACAAGUGACAUCACCUACUAAGGAAAUUACCUCGAUUACGAAAUCAGCGUUCUCAAUGAGUUCAAGGCAUGUGAAUGCACACAACUCGUUUCUCCGAGUUUUCAAGUCAUAUUUUCAGAGUUUCCGACUUGUCAUGAAUGCAGCUUUAGUGUUUGGUGUAAAGUUGGCGCCUGGCAUGCUGGAAAAUUGUGUUUUCUGCCUUGGUUCAGCUUCCAAACUUACUGUUACACACUCCCAUCAAUGGUAUGCCAGUAGCCUGCUCUCCUUCCUAUGUCUUUAUGAAAAAUAUAUUAUAUUUAUUUUUUUGAUGAUAGUUGAUUAUAAUACUGUGUGAAAUGUAAACUCAUACAUUUGAAUUUUUUUAUUUAAACCUUUCAAUCUUUGUUAAUGCUCGGAAUUAGAACAUGUUUUACAUUUUAAAGGUUUGUAGUUUAAAGUAAACUGUUGCUGUUUAUGGACAAGACUUUUACAGAAUAAACUCAUUGGAAUGCA